AUGUCAACCAGCAACUUCCCCACCACACCCCUCCGCCCUCACUACGAUGUUGUGAUUGUGGGCGGUGCCACCAGUGGCUCUUCAAUUGCGUGGAACCUGAGCACCAACCCUGACUUCAAGGGAUCCGUGCUCGUUGUUGAACGGGAUCCUUCUUUACAAUAUUCCGCUACCAAAGCUAGUAACAACUGUAUGCGACAGCAAUUUGCAACCACCAUCAAUGUCCAGAUUGCCCAAUAUGCGGCCGACUUCGUCAAACGCUGGGGGCCGAGUUUCCACCAGAUGAAUGCGUGCCGGAUCCCCCGAUUCGCAACUUUGGAUACCUUUACCUGUCUGAUUCAUCGAAAUUCACAGAGGUACUGA